CGUGACCCUCCGAGACCCGGUUGGAGGCCUAGUGGCGGGACGCGGAGCACAGUUGCGCGCCAAGUGGGGCGCAGUUGUCCGGGAGCUCGGGCGGCCAGUUCCGGAAUCUUUCUGUAUGCGCUCUGGGAGUCAUACCCGCCGAGGCCUUGACACUUGGCUAGAGUAGUAUCUCACAGAGCAUUCGGAGGUGUUUUCUGAUAACGCCACUGCUAAAUAUAGUCAAAGAAGUGGCCUGGUUCCCUCAAUAGCCCCGUGCAGGCCUUCCGCCUGUUCCAGGCCGGGAGUUUGACCCAGUGUCGUCUCUGUCGGUAAAUAAGGUGUCGGUAAAUAAGGGCCGGCCAGUAGAAGGAGAGCACAGCCUAACAAGGAGGAGUCUCCACGUGAGGAGCCCGAACUCAAGAUUGAAAGUAGCAUGGAUCUUCCUGUGGAUGAAUGGAAAUCCUACCUACUUCAGAAGUGGUCUUUACUCCCAAAGUCGGCUCAGGCCACAAUUUCUAUUGCAGAGACUUUGAGUGAAAUCUUUCUUCAUUCUUCUUCAUUUCUUCAAUCUGAGGAUGAGAGGUUUUUAAACAGACUUUCUCAAGGUUACUCGGUGGGAAAGGAUCCCAACGCUUCCUGUUUCUACAGAGAAGAAGGAAACAGAAAAUUCCAAGAGAAGAAUUACACUGGGGCCGCAGUGCUGUACUCUAAGGGAGUUUCACAUUCAAGGCCUAACACUGAGGAGAUUUCACUGUGCUAUGCUAAUCGCUCUGCGGCCCUGUUCCACCUGGGUCAGUAUGAAACCUGUCUCAACGAUAUCAUCAGAGCACUGAUGCAUGGAUAUCCAGAAAGACUGCAGCCCAAGCUGAUGUUGCGUAAGGCAGAGUGCCUGGUGACCCUGGGGAGACUGAAGGAAGCAAGCCAAACUAUCAGUGAUCUUGAAAGUAAUGUCACUGAGAGACCAACACCAGCAGCUUCUCCCUUUCAGAUUCUGCAGAAAAACCUCUGUGAUCUGAAAAUGAAGAUACAAGAAAAGGAGAAUCUACCAGAAACCUUCCUCACAGCUGUAGCCAAAGACUUUGAGCGUAUGGACCUAAGGGAGGAGAAUGAACAAAUUCCUAGUGCAUCAUCAUCUGUCCAGUUACGCACAGACCCUUUAAAAGGCCGCUACCUGAUUGCCAUAAAAGACAUUCUCCCGGGAGAAAUCCUAGUGAAGGAGGAUGCUUUUGUGAGUGUCCUCAACCCAGGAGAAAUGCCACCACUGCAUCAGGGUUUAGAGAGCAGGUGGGAUACCAGGAUUACCACUGGGGACCUCUACUGUCACAAAUGUUUGAAACAUACUUUGGCCAUGGUUCCCUGCCAUGGAUGUAGCUAUGCCAAGUAUUGUAGCCAGGAGUGUAUGCAGCAGGCCUGGGAGCUGUACCAUAGCAUAGAGUGUUCUUUAGGGGGGCUAUUGCUCACACUGGGUACGUUUUGCCACAUUGCUCUGAGGUUGACUCUUUUGGCUAGAUUUGAAAAUGUGGACAAAGUUGUAAGGGGGAUUUGUGAUGAGAUUAAUAACAAGGACAUACAUUUACCUGGAAGCAAGACUCUGGACAAGACAUUCAACUACAGCCAGGGGAAAAGAGAAGAAAUUAGCAAAACAGUUGAGACUCAAAUUCCUGGAUGUAAUAUUGAUGGGAAGUAUGAAAAUAAUUAUAAUGCUGUCUUCAGUCUUUUGUCCCAUACUGAAAACCAUAGCCCAGAGCAUAAAUUUCUCUGUGCUCUCAGUGUCUCUGCACUGUGUAGGCAACUUGAAGCAAACAACCUGCCUGCCCUCACUACAGAUCCGAAAGCAGAAAUGACUCCUGAUUCAUGUGCAGAUUUGAACAUUUGGGCAGUGGCUAUGCUGCGACACUUGUUACAGCUGCAGUGUAACGCUCAGGCAAUAACUACCAUACAGCACACAGGAUCUAAAGAGAGCAUUGUUACUGACAGCAGGCAGGUACGCCUUGCUACAGGCAUCUUCCCUGUCGUGAGCCUCCUGAACCACUCCUGCAGCCCCAACACCAGUGUGUCUUUUGCUGGCACUGUCGCCACCAUUCGGGCAGCUCAGCAGAUUAGAAAAGGGCAGGAGAUUCUCCACUGCUAUGGGCCUCACGAGAGCCGGAUGAGUGCUGCUGAAAGGCAGCAGAAGCUGAGGUCUCAGUACUUCUUUGACUGCAGCUGUCCAGCUUGUCAUUGUGAGAAGCUCAGAACAGCUACAGGGCCCAGGUGGGAAGCGUUCCGUUGUAAUAACUGCAGAGCACUCAUGCAGGGAGAUGAUGUCCUGAGCUGUGGGAACAGAGCUUGUCCAGAACGCAUCAGCAGGAACCACCUGGUCUCUCGGUUGCAGGACCUUCAGCAGCAGGUUGGGAUAGCUUCAGAGCUUCUCAGAAAUGGCAAACUCGAGCAAGCCAUUCCGUGGUUGUUGAGGUGCCAGCAAGAUGCUGAGAGCUUCCUGUCGGCAGAGCAUGCUGUGGCAGGGGAAAUCGAGGAUGGCUUGGCCCGGGCCUAUGCUGCCCUAGGGGAAUGGCAAAAGUCAGCUACCCAUCUACAAAAGAGCCUCCAAGUGGUUGCGGCUCGCCACGGGCCAUCCAGUGUGGAAAUGGGCCAUGAGCUCUUCAAACUAGCUCAAGUCCUGUUCAAUGGGUUUGCAGUACCUGAAGCUUUGAAUGCCAUCCAGAAAGCAGAAGAUGUCCUGUUGGUGCACUGUGGCCCUCAGAGUGAUGAAGUCCAGGAGCUCCAGGAGAUGAGGUCCUGUUUAAUGGACUGGCCACCCAUCCUUGUGGGGACCCAAAAGGAUUCGGACCCAUAGGAAAGGAGCUAUGACCAAUGAGUUUUAAAGGGUCCUGUUGCUACUGAGCUGUCAUUAGAAAAGAUAGGAUUUGUCCAAAAGUCCCAGCCCCAAUGUAAGAGGGGCAGGAAGGACUCCAAAAAUGUUGCAGUUGGAAAGAGAUGUAUGUACACCUAUUUUGAUGGAUAUCUCUUGAAGUAGUUAAUUCCCCUCCAAUAAGAACUCCCAGUUCCCAGAAAAGACUGAAAACUAGUAUCUGGAGAACACCAUUACUAUAAAGGGAUUAUAGCUGAUCUGUAAACAUCUGUAUGUUCUUGGGCUUUUGGCCAGAUUCCAUCUCACUAAGCAAUGUGAGUUUAUCUCCCUGGAACAUUCCUAUAGUUUCUAGUAGUAAUGAAAUAUUUCCUACCAUUCCAGUGGGAACUUAAACUCUUAGUAGUUGUAUUGUAAUUGAAAAAUAGUUCUAAAGCAAGAAAUCAGUGCUGUUCCUUGCCUCCAGAGGAACAGAGUUCUACCUAGAGCAUCUAGCUUUUUCAAAUCCUUUGUUAAAUACUGGUGGAGUAGGUUAUGGAUUUAGCUCAGUGGCCCUGUGCCUGCCUCUCAAGCACAAGGUCCUAAGUUUGAUCUCCAAUC